AGUCGUGUGUUGACGUCGAUAUAAAACGGUUUUUUUUUUUUAUAGUUACUAGUUAUUAAAUAUUCCGUAAUAAUUGUCAUCGUGUGUGCCGGUUGUAAUUUAUUAUAAUUUCUCAUUAAAAACUUGACAUUUAAUUCAAAUUUAUUUUCUCUGGAUCGUAAACGUCACUUUUUAAAUUCACGCUCCUUUUGCUAUUUUGUUUUCUUUAUAAUUACAAACUUAAUUGUAUUUAUAAAUUAAUUAAAUAAUAUAUAUGAUUAUUUAAUUAAAUUUUAAAUUUAAUGGCGGCAUAAUUCAAAUAUUUUAUUUUUGGAAAUGAUCUACCGAAUUCCACACCCAAGGCAGUUUUAUUGAUGUGCAUUGUACGAAAUAACUAUAUACACAUAUAUUUUAUAAUAUGUCAUAUAUGUAUCAUUGAGAGGAGUACAAUACAUUAUGAGAUCAGUAAUACAAAAUGUAAAUUGACAUAACGAUAUCAUCUUUAUAUAUACAUAUAUGUAUGUACGGUAUGAUCAACACGUGGUACACAUUAAACUUUGAUACUGUCUCAUGAAAUGAGUAGUAAAGAGGAGAAAAUUGCCGGGAUGGUUUUGACCGUCACCGAAGAUACACCGGCAGAUAUGCUGGCCGGGAGUAUGGAACUCCUAGUCCAACUGCCACGAGAUCAUAGCAAUCAUACUGAACGUGUCACCGUCGAACGGAGCACAGCGAUGAUGGAUCUGCUGGUGCAAAUAGCAACAGCACACAAAUUGGCAGCUUCGAGUUAUACUUUGCAGGCGAUUGGAGAACGCGGUCGGAUUUUGCCCCAUCAACCGAACACUCCCAUCGGCGCACUCGAUGCACUAGAGGUUAAGUUAUUACCAAAACAGGGGACAUUCAUUCCGAGAAAAACGAAACAGGCGAGUCAACCGUUUGAAACAACUUUUAGAUUACAAGUCCAUCUUCCACGCAAUCAGCUUUAUGUAUCGCGAGUGAGCCCAAAGACGAAUCUUGGUGACAUUUUGUCUGAAGUUUGUCGUGAAAAGAACCUGGACAAAAAUAAAUACGAGCUUCGGCAUCCAGGAAACCAUAAAGAAAUAUUGGAUUUAUCAUUAUCUCUGCAAGACUAUCAACUGCAAGAAGUAACCUUGUACGCAAAGCAAGGUCACCGUUUAGGCUCAGCACUGAGUUCCCAGGACAUAAUGGUGCUGCAGCGUCAAGAGGAACGUCGACGUCAUCAAGCCAAGCAAAGUAUCUUCGGUUUCAUGUUUAAAAAAUCAUCAAAAGAGAGCUCGACGGCCAGCACCGAGAGCGGCAGCUACGGCGCCAGGAGCGUAUCUCCAGCGCGAAGUGAUGAUACCGGCAGAAGCAUAAGUCCACUUGUUGCGCCGAUGCCCACAAGGCCACUGCGAAAAAGACGUCCGGCGCCCAACCCUCCAACUCGUCAGCCCACAACAACAUUAACAUCAACCACCACCACAGAAGCCUCCAGGGAAAACGAUGUGGUUACCAGCAGUAAUAAAAAAAAUUGCGAUACCACUGAAGAUAAACUGGUAAUAACACACAGCCGUAAUAGCAGCGACAGUUCUGGCUACCACGAGGCUUCAGUGCUCAGUGAUAAUCCUGAUUCCGCUGGUAGAAUGCCGGAAACUCUGCCCAGGAGAACCCGACCACCUAGCAGCAAAUUGGAGCCGCGAAAACUUGCUCAGACUUCCCAGGCCAGCAAAAGUCUCUGUAAUUUAGCUAUUAGCUCUGGUGGACUCAGUCAUGCUAAUAGCAAUACAUCAUUAAGUUCAACAGGCAUUAGAAAAAAACGGGCGGCACCUCAACCGCCAGUGAGUAGGCCACUGUCCUCGGCGAUAUCAUCUCUGGCUCUCGAACGUAUUGUUGACUCAGAGGAGUCUCUUACUUCGGACAUGGGUGUAUCAAAGCCACCGUCAGAUAUUGCUGCGUCAUCGGAAACAGAAACUCACUCAAAAGCAAACUCAGAUAUCGUUGUUGGCAGUAAUACAAUUAAAACAGUUGGCGAUUUAAAUCGGAAUAAGUUCGAUGAUAAGUCGAAACCUGAUUUAGUUAAAACGCUAAAUGAUAAUUUUAAAUUAGAUCAUGUUGACACUGGUAGAAAAGCGCCCAUUCCUAUUGAAGUAUCUGUAGUUAUUGAAAAAAAAUCUGUUCCCGCUGAAAAUUUACCAAUUCCUGAAGAAGUUAAAACAGUAGAAGCUAAAACUAUUAAACGAGCUGGAUUAUUUGCUCCUAUUCCUAAGCCACGUAGCAAAGGGCCCGUAGUUCCAAAGCGUAUUAGCUCCGCUUUAUCUUCACAAAGUCAAUCGGUACCAGAAGUAACUGGUGCCAGUGAAGAAAGAGAAUUUAAUUUACAAGUCAGUGACAAAGAGUCAAAACAAAAGGCAGUGGAGCUAAACAUAAAAAAUUCCGAGCGAGCUGGAGAUAAAAAAGAAGAGAGAGAAGAAGAAAAAAAUGAUCUCUCCGUCACUUUAAAUCUCGCAGCCAACUCGAGUGCAUUAAAUUCUAAUUUCUCCUCGAGAUCUCCAGAUAUGGAAGCUGGUAGAACAAAACUGGACAUAGAAAGCCCUUGGAAUGCAUUGUCUAGCAGUAAGACGCCUAACGAAGAACAAUAUCACCCAUUUAUAACAACAACUGCCUCUAAUUUAACUCUACCAAUGGAAAAUUUACUACACUAUAGAAAUAUCCAAGAAGGGGAACCACAUAGUCAAGGGACAGGGAAAGCAGGCAAUGAAAGUCCAACCGAAAUUGAUCGUCUGCUGCAAAAAGUUUCAACGACACUAGCCAGCGUUCUCCCGGACGAAGAAGUUGCGUCCCGCAGCGAAAUAAAAACCACCGAGCCGGAAAAAAUACACGCCAGAGAUUUAAAUUCUUCUCAUAAUAAUAAUAACAACAAUAUUGAUAAUAAUAAUAAUAGUAAUAAUAAUAAUAAUAAUAAUGGAGCAGGUACGGAUCUACAAAACUCAACAUUUAAUUCACAACAAGACACUUCGGACUAUGUAUCAGCAAACGGGGAAGAUUUGUCUGGCACCGAUUGGGAAUAUCAAUUACCAGAUCCACCAUCAGCGUUUCGUGAUGACAACACACCAGCAGCUGAUUACGAUGGCUACGACACCAUUACCCUAAGAUCUGUUGAAGCGUUCAAAGAGCCAAUUGCCAUUGAUGAAGACACAGAUAAAAAUAUAAAUUAUGACGCUACUGAUAGAGCGAUUGAGAGUUGCAGAAAAACGGACCGGGUUCCAGAUGAUAAAUUGUCUGAGUGUUCUGCGGCUGGGGAAAAUAAAAAAGACCAAGAAGUCGAGUUGAGAAGAAAUGUAAUAAAUGAAUUGGAGAGUAAACUUGAGAGCGGUUCUUUUAGUCAAGGAAAUAAAGUGAUGGCUGAUGACAGCAGGAAAUCCUCUAUUGAAACGUCGACGCCAAAAGUCGCGCCAAUUGAAAAUACUCUGCCGAAUUUUACAAUAUCAACUUAUUCGAGACAAAAGAGUUUAAAUAUUUAUGAUUCCAGAGAAUCGACUCCUAAAUUUAAGGAUCCAGCUGAAGACAGGACUAUCAAGACAUUCGCAACUUUGUCACGUAAUAUUAAUGCUAAUUCAAUAUCUAAGUACAAUAAAGAAUCAUCCCCAGGUUUUGUAAGCAGCCAAGUAAAAGAUGAAUUUAAAACUCCAACAAAAAUUGAAUCGAAAAUUACACCAGAAGCUGAAGAAAAAAUAAAAGCAGCAGAUUCACCUCCGGAAUCAACAAAUACUUCAGUCCAUCGGUCAAAAAGUUACAUCGUCUUGACAAAUAAUUCAAAGUACCGGGAAAAUAAAAUCUCUGAUGAAGUCGACACCUGCAGCAUGAUUAAGUCAACGAGUGUCACUAAUUUAAAUAAAGACAACACUUGGACUGAUAGCAACAACGCUAAGAUAUUGAAUGAAAAUUUACAAGAGCGUGAAUUGCAGUCUGUCCAAGUGCUAAAGAGUAUUUUGCCUCAAUUAAAAAGCACUCAGUCGUCCCAAGGUGAUAAAGAAGAUGAGGACAAAGUGGAAGUGAUGAAAAAUGAUAAAUCCGGGCAAUUUACAAAAGUUAAAUUGAAUAGCGAAGACAAGUCUGGCUCUGAAUCGUCAGCUCGUAAAUCAGAGCAAGAGAUAAAACGUUACAGAUACACCGGGCCACCGGCAAUAAGUCUCGGUAGCUGGUCAGAGCGUCCUCGUGCUAAUGUUCAGAUUAAAAUGGACACUGAUUACAAAUUAGGCGUAAAUACCAGUGGUAGCAAGACCGUCGUUAAUUUAAAUACCACAAGUGACACCAACACGUCGGUUAAUUAUACCAAUAAUUAUGUAAAAACUUUGCCAAAGAGUAUCAAGAGUAAUGCUAUUAAUAAUUAUAGUAAUGAUAAUAGAAAGGUGUCUGUCAAACGGACUGACAGUCAAGUCUGUUCCACUACAAGCGCUACCACUGGUUCUAAUUCAACAUCAACAACAACAACAACAACAACGUCUGCUAUUAGUAAUAAUAAUAAUGAUAGUGAAUUUAAGCAGAUUAGUUCUGGAAAAUUACACGCGAGAACGAAAGACGAAGACAAACCGGUCGUAACAAAUGUCGAGCUAAAGAAAUCUCAUAACGACAAACCGGAAUUUAAAGUUGAUGACGAUAAUAAAAUAGAUACGAGACCGGUUAAUUUUAAAGAACUAACUCAAACUUUUGGGCAAGUUAAUUUAAGAACCAAAACACCCAAAUAUAUAAAUAAUACCAAUCGGUAUUCAGAUAUAUUUGACCCCAGGUCCAGCGAGUCGGUAAAUAAAAACCCACCGAAACUCUCGACGACUAAUGGAAGCAUAAAUCCGAUAGCCAACGGAGGUAAAAAAUACACGUCCGUCGUUGACAUUGACACUCAGCACCUCGCCAACGGGUUCGGUGGACAGAAAAAAUUUAAUAAUACCGUCACUAAGCUGAACGGGCCCGCGACCGCUCCCAAGGGGUUCAAAAUACAAUUUAACGAUCCUGGUAAAUUAAAUUCAAACUCGUCGGCUAAUUUCAUACAAAAGGAAAUUGUUAAAGUCAACUCGCACGUACCACCACCACCGACGAUGCCCAUUAUUACUGGAGUGACGUUAAAAAAUAAUAAUAACUGUCGCAAAAGCUCCAGGCCGUUAUCGGUGCCCGGCAAAGAUCCCCGGGAUCAAUUGCUGGAGUCCAUUCGCGGUUUCGGACGAGAUAAAUUGAGAAACGUCAGUACCGUUUCUUGAAUUUGUUGAAUGUAAUGUUUUUUUUUGAGUAAUUAAUCACUCGAUUAAUGAUUGUUGUAUAUUUGUUGAAGUAAAUGUGGAUUAAUAUAUAUAUUUUUUUAAAAAAAUAAAACAAGCGCCAGUAAGUUGCGAUUUGUUGACUCGAGUUGUAAUUAUUGUCAAAAGAUGAUUUAAUAUUUAAGAUUUAAAUUUAAUUGCUAGUUAUUUAAUUAAUUAUUAAUUAUUCUUGUUGUAGUUUUGCAUCUGUCAGGCUCAAUUGUAACGACAGGGCAAGUUAUUAGCAGUGGAAAUCUAAUCAAAUUGAUAUUAAUAUUGUUGUAUGCUGUACAUAGCUUGUUGAUGCUUAAUUAUUAAUUAAUAUAUAUACAUAUGUAUGUUUCUUUGAGAGAAAUAAUAAUAAUAUUAAUAGUAAUUAAGAGUUUAAAGUUUAAUUUGAAAUUAGUACUACAUUUAUUUUUUUUUAAUUACAAAUUAAAAAAAAAAAUAAUUGUUUUUUUGUACUAGCGUACUUGAUAUUGGUUUGAAACAGAGUCCAGUGCCUGGAAAAAAAAAUUAUUAAGUAAGCGCGGCUAUUUUAUAAUUUAUCUUCGUCCGUUUGGAAGAAACGUGAUUUGAAGUAAAAAAAAAUCACUGAAGUAUAAAAAAAAAAAAUAUUUGUACUGAAUGCGUUAGUCCAAAGUAUAAAAGAAAGUUAAUAAAAUAUAUGAUAAAUAAUAUUAAUAUUAAUCGCAGUAUUUAACAUUGCUCACAUAUAAUUUAAGAAAAUUCAAUGUGCAAUUGCAUUUACGUGGAAAUAAAUAAUCAAAGAGCCUGACUUUGGUUAAUUUUUAUUUUUAAAAAUUAUUACCAAAGUUUAUAUAUUUAUUAAAAUUUAUGUCAAUGCAAUUACUUGGAUUUUCUACUGGAGACCAAAGGUUUUAUUUUAUUUUGUAAAACAAAUGCUGAGUCAAUUGGUUUUUUUUUCUUGGGAAAGUAUGAAUAUAUAUACAGAUGUAUAUGUAUAUAUAUUUGUAUAGUCUAUUUAGUUGUAAGCAAUAAUUAUAAGAUAAAAUAAAAAGGAUUGUGAAGAAAUAACGUGAUGGUUAUACAUCUUGAACCUGUAAUUAAAUAUGUAAACAUAUUAUAAAUAUAUAUAUAUAUA